CUAAAGGGUGGCUCAAAACUAAGCUCCUGAAAACAUGUGUAGCUGAAUUAAAAGGCCUCUGUGCGGCAACCUCUGUGUAAUGACCAGUAUAUAUACCACUCAAAUAAGCUCCACUUCAAUAGAAAAAUUUAACACAUUUCUGUCUUCUCCCAAACAGAGCUUUAAAUAUUCAGCCUCAUUAUUGUUCUCCGGCAACCCCCACCAGCCCUUUCUUCCAUCUUACCUCACAUAAUAUAAAAAUGGUGACGGUGGAGGAGGUGAGAAAGGCGCAGCGGGCGGAGGGUCCGGCGACGAUCAUGGCCAUCGGAACCGCCACUCCCCCGAAUUGCGUUGACCAGAGCACCUACCCUGACUAUUAUUUUCGCAUCACUAAGAGUGAACACAUGACUGAGCUUAAAGAAAAGUUCAAGCGCAUGUGUGAGAAGUCUCAAAUCAACAAGCGUUACAUGUACUUAACAGAGGAAGUGUUGAAAGACAAGCCCAGCAUGUGUGAGUACAUGGCUACUUCUCUGGAUGCAAGGCAAGAUAUAGUGGUGGUUGAAGUUCCUAAGCUCGGGAAAGAAGCGGCCCAAAAGGCCAUCAAGGAAUGGGGCCAGCCCAAGUCCAAAAUCACCCAUUUGGUCUUUUGUACCACUAGUGGUGUGGACAUGCCAGGGGCCGACUACCAGCUCACUAAGCUUCUUGGGCUCAAACCGUCCGUCAAAAGGCUCAUGAUGUACCAGCAAGGUUGCUUCGCCGGCGGGACGGUUCUCCGGCUGGCCAAGGAUCUCGCCGAGAACAACAAGGGCGCCCGGGUUCUGGUCGUCUGCUCGGAAAUCACCGCCGUCACUUUCCGAGGCCCAAGCGAUUCGCAUUUGGACAGUCUGGUGGGCCAAGCGCUGUUCGGGGACGGGGCUGCCGCAAUUAUCGUCGGAUCUGACCCAAUUCCGGACCUAGAAAGGCCCUUGUUCGAGCUGGUCUCGGCGGCCCAAACUAUUCUGCCGGACAGCCACGGCGCCAUCGACGGGCACCUCCGGGAAGUCGGGCUCACGUUCCACUUGCUGAAAGAUGUUCCCGGGCUGAUAUCGAAGAACAUAGAGAAGAGCUUGAAGGAAGCAUUUCAACCACUGGGAAUUACGGAUUGGAACUCGCUGUUCUGGGUCGCCCACCCGGGCGGGCCGGCAAUUCUGGACCAAGUUGAGCUGAAGUUGGCUCUGAAACCCGAGAAACUUCGGGCCACCCGGCAAGUGUUGAGCGAUUAUGGGAAUAUGUCCAGCGCUUGUGUGCUGUUUAUUUUGGAUGAGAUGAGGAAGGCCUCGGCUGAAGAAGGGCGUAGCACUACGGGUGAAGGGCUUGAGUGGGGGGUAUUGUUCGGGUUCGGGCCCGGACUCACGGUCGAGACCGUGGUUCUCCACAGCGUCUCGACUAAUUAAGUGAUUAAAGUUAAUCAUGUGAUGUAUCAGUGUGCCAAUUUGCAUUCAAGUUAUGCCAUAAUAGCACCAAUAAUACUUCGUAUGUAAUAAUAUUGUGUGCUAUUUGCUUAUUUUUUUCUUUUUAAUGAGAUCACCAUUUGUGUAUCUUUAUGGUUUUAUGUUUUUAUCAAAAGUGAAACUUUACACCCAAAUGGAAUCACCAAAUAAAAAUAUGUUUCUUUCAUAAAGCACAGUACUUAUACAGAUUAUAAGUUCUGUUGUUUCUGUUGAAAUUGCUCUAAGUUAUGGUUAAAACGGUAAUUCAUUAGGUUAUAGCUAAA